AGCAACGGUAACGCCACGCGAGAGCAGUCCGCGCGCUUCGCUCGAUCCGGACUGACGUCCUGGAACCCGGAUCCAAAUAAUAACAAUUCACUAUGUCUGCUCCGGAAGAAAAACCUUCUGAUCCAUCGCCUGCUAAACAGCUUGCCGAUGGCCACUGCUCGCCCACAAAGACAGGAGAUGGCACGGAAGAUCAACCGUUCGUAUCCGAGAAGAUGUCCGGGUACGAGACAAACCUCUACUUGUAUUCUGAAGAAAUGGAAGAUCGGCCGCGGAUAUCAACCCUGAUCAGCUCGCUAGCAAACUACUCCAACACCAUCCCGCCAGCGUCCAACGAUCCAGAUGCUCGGCCGGCUGCUGGGGGCGCCAGAAUGGGCACCCUCAUUGGGGUCUACCUACCCUGCAUACAGAACAUUUUUGGUGUUAUUCUGUUCAUCCGUUUGACUUGGGUGGUCGGCACUGCGGGGGCCCUCCAAGGAUUCCUAAUCGUUUUAUGUUGUUGUUGUGUAACAAUGCUGACGGCGAUCUCGAUGUCGGCAAUUGCGACGAAUGGGGUGGUACCGGCCGGAGGAAGCUACUUCAUGAUAUCUAGAUCGAUAGGGCCCGAAUUUGGGGGAGCAGUCGGCAUGCUCUUCUACACUGGUACUACCCUGGCUGGGGCUAUGUACAUCGUUGGAGCUGUCGAAAUCGUAUUGAUGUAUAUGACGUCCAGCCUAACUCUAUUUGGUGAAAUAACUGACGAUGAGGUGAAGUACAAUAACUUCCGUCUGUAUGGUACUGGACUUCUUAUGGUGAUGGGAACUAUUGUAUUUGUUGGAGUAAAGUUUGUCAACAAAUUCGCGACCGUGGCGCUUGCAUGCGUCUUGUUCUCCAUUUUAGCUGUGUAUAUUGGAAUCUUUGUCAAUAUCAACGGAAAUGACAAACUACACAUGUGCAUAUUAGGAAAUAGAUUGCUGAAAAUGGACGACAUAAAAGAUUGCCACAAGAAUGUCACAGGGGUACUACAUAAAAUGUUUUGUCCAAAUGGUACCUCAACCUGUGAUCCUUACUAUCUGAAAAGUAACCUCUCUAUCUCGAGUGGUAUAAAAGGUCUUUCUUCGGGAGUAUUUUUUGACAACAUCUACAAUGGCUUUUUGGAGCAAGGGCAGUUCAUCACAAGAGGCAAGAACCCCUCCGACAUAGAACCCUUAGGAACCGAAACCUACAACUACGUAUUCGCCGAUAUCACAACGAGCUUCACAAUCCUGAUAGGCAUCUUCUUCCCUUCCGUUACUGGCAUCAUGGCUGGUUCCAACCGGUCUGGUGAUCUAGCAGACGCCCAAAAAUCAAUUCCGAUCGGUACGAUCGGUGCAAUCCUCACAACCUCUACCGUAUAUUUGUCAUGUGUGCUGCUAUUCGCCGGGACUGUUGACAAUCUGCUACUCAGGGACAAAUUCGGCGAAUCGAUAGGCGGAAAGUUGGUAGUAGCAAACAUCGCUUGGCCUAACCAAUGGGUGAUCCUGAUUGGUUCUGUACUUUCAACCCUAGGCGCAGGGCUGCAGUCGCUCACAGGAGCUCCACGUUUGCUUCAGGCUAUAGCAAAAGACGGCAUCAUCCCAUUCUUAGCACCUUUCGCUGUCAGCUCUAGCAGAGGAGAGCCCACUAGGGCGCUAUUGCUCACUCUGCUCAUCUGUCAAUGUGGGAUUCUGCUCGGAAAUGUAGACAUCUUGGCACCAUUGCUCUCCAUGUUUUUCUUGAUGUGCUACGGAUUUGUGAAUCUAGCCUGCGCGCUUCAAACUCUACUUCGGACUCCAAAUUGGAGACCCAGGUUCAAAUACUACCAUUGGUGCCUGUCUUUCACUGGGCUGUCAUUGUGCAUUGCUGUUAUGUUCAUGACCUCAUGGUACUUGGCCCUCAUCGCUAUGGCCAUGGCUGGAAUCAUUUACAAAUACAUCGAAUACAGAGGAGCUGAGAAGGAAUGGGGUGACGGAAUUCGGGGUUUGGCUUUAUCUGCAGCUCGGUAUUCUUUACUGCGGCUUGAAGAAGGCCCUCCACAUACCAAGAACUGGAGACCACAGAUACUAAUUUUGGUCAAAUUGACCUCAGAUUUGUUGCCAAAGUACAGGAAAUUGAUAUCUUUCGCAGCCCAGCUAAAAGCUGGCAAAGGGUUGACAAUAUGCGCAUCUGUGAUUGGUGGGGAUUUCACACGUUGUUGUGGUGAAGCUAUGGCAGCUAAGCAAAGUCUGAACAAAACCAUGGAAGAGGAAAGGGUGAAAGGUUUUGCCGAGAUCCUUGUAGCCAGAAAUAUUUCCGACGGGCUGUCGCACUUGAUUCAAUCCGCAGGCCUGGGCGGGCUGAAGCCCAACACUGUCAUCUUAGGUUGGCCUUACGGCUGGAGGAAAUGUGAAGAUGACCGCACAUGGCAGAUCUUCUUGCAAGCUGUCAGAAACGUCACUUCGGCCAGAAUGGCCCUCCUAGUGCCUAAAGGCAUCAACUUCUUCCCAGACUCGACCGAUAAAGUGAAUGGCAACAUCGACAUUUGGUGGAUAGUCCACGAUGGUGGUCUUCUCAUGCUUCUGCCCUUCUUGCUGAAGCAACAUCGCACUUGGAAGAACUGUAAGAUGAGGAUAUUUACCGUUGCUCAGAUGGAAGAUAACUCCAUCCAAAUGAAGAAGGAUUUGAAGACGUUCUUGUACCAUUUGAGGAUAGAAGCCGAGGUCGAAGUCGUUGAAAUGAUGAAUCACGAUAUAUCCGCAUAUACCUAUGAACGCACCUUAAUGAUGGAGCAACGUAAUCAGAUGCUCCGUGAACUCCGUUUGAACAAAAAGGAAUCCAUGGGCGUGGUGGAAGCGAUGUCGGACUUUGGGGAGGAAGAGAAGUUACCAUUGGUUCAGGCAAUAGUAGACCAACAUCAUCAAAACAUAGACGCCAAAGGUGCCACCAAAGUGCGAUUCGAAGAACCAAAUUCAAAUGCAGAAGGAGAUAACAAAGAUAACAAAACGGUUAGCAAUGCUACCCAGGAGAACGAGACAGAACCGACCAAUGAAGUGCAGAUAAACGAAAAAGCCAAAGAAGACGAUUGUGAUAAUUCGACAAAGGAAAAGGAGGAUUCAUCGGAGAAAGAAAAGGCGUGUGCAAACGAACUGAACAAUAUUGCCGAGGAUAAGAAGAAGAAAUUACUUUUUACUCAAACCCCUGACGAAGGUGAUGUUCGUCGUAUGCAUACGGCCAUUAGGCUAAAUGAAGUGAUAGUCAAUCGUUCCCACGAUGCUCAAUUAGUUAUUCUAAAUUUACCUGGACCGCCUAAAGACACCAAAAUGGAGAAAGAAUCGAACUAUAUGGAAUUUUUGGAAGUAUUAACGGAAGGUUUGGAGCGAGUACUGAUGGUGCGUGGAGGUGGCCAAGAAGUGAUCACCAUCUACUCAUAAUGUAAGUGUGAUGGAUUUGAAGAAAUACGCGUCAUAUGUAUUAAGAUUGUAGGUACCUAAUCAAAGAAAACUAUAUUGAUGGAACUAAUCUAGAAUGUUCAAAGAUCGAUAGAUACCAUAAAAAAGAAAACAUAUUUAUUCUUCUUGAUAUUAUAGAUCCUAUCUGGCCUCUGGAGCGCGUUUCUGCCUCUCCGUAGGUGAAAGUGAUUUUAUUCUAUAUAACUAUCAAAUCAAAAUGAAGAUUCAUUAAAUGUGCUCAUUUUUCUACUGAUUGAAAUGGCUGGCUAUACCACCAGGCUUAUGAUAUAUUCAUAGAAAAUUAGAGUAAGAGAACACAUGUAGAGUGAAUGAUAUAUCCUCCACCAUCGUUUUAUAUCUGAUAACUUCUAUAUAAUAAAUAUUUUUUUAUCAAGGAAACUGUUAAAUCAAAUGACUUAGCCUGAGUUGCAAAAUACAAGCUUAUGAUUGGAAAUAUCCCUGUUCUACCAUGUCUCAAAAAAGGAAUUCUGACUUUUAAAAAUUAGCUCAGGCUGAAAAACGUUCACUAUAAGGUGCGUUGUAACUCCAACCACAAUGUCGUUUCAUUUCAUUUCUUUAUCGGUUGGUAAUAGAGUAAAAAAAACAUAUAGAAAAUAAAUAACACACAUUAGUAUAUGGCAGUCUAAAAUAAACGAACGUUUAAAUAUAACAAAAAUCGACAAACAUUCAAUCAAAAGAACCAUUGAAAAAAUGUUGUAGAUACAGUUUAAAAGAUUGCUGCGAAUAAAAUAUAUGAAUGAAAUAGAUGGAAUCCAAAAUACAUG